ACUUGCCAUAGUCGAAGGCGGUGACAAAGUCUAACAAUGUUGUAAUUCCAAGCUUUACACAACGAGGAACGGGGAAGUUCACUGAUUUACACGAUAUGAGAACAAGUCAUUUUCGUCUGAUUACUGGUGUCCUUUGAACCCGCUAAACUAAGCCUACAGUUAAGUAAGAUGGCAGGGUGGUUGGUUGUGCUCCUGACGGCACAGCUGUUAUCGUUGGUGUCUUCUUAUCCAUGUCCUUGUGAGGAUCCAUCGCUAUGCAACCAAAUCACCGACGUGAAAAAGUUCGAGGUGUUCGUGUUUGAUGUUGGAGGAAAGCAGUGGAAGUCCUAUGACUGGUCAGUGGUAACAACAGUGGCAGCCUUCGGGAAAUACGACCCAGAGCUCUUGUGUUUUGCCCAUUCUAAAGGAGCACGGCUUGUUUUGAAAGGUGAUGUCUCCCUUGAUUACAUCGUUGACCCGACCAAUAGGACAGCUUGGAUAUCUGGCCAAGUCGACCUGGCGAAAAAGCAGUUCAUGGAUGGAAUCAAUAUUGACAUUGAGCAUGAAGUGCAGGAUGGGUCCCCAGAAUACUAUGCUCUGACUGCACUGGUCAAAGAGACUACAGAGGCCUUCCAUGAGGAGAUCCCAGGCUCCCAGGUGUCGUUUGAUGUGGCCUGGUCUCCAAGGUGUAUUGAUAAGAGGUGCUACGAUUACAUAACCAUAGCUGAAUCAUGUGACCUUUUGUUUGUGAUGUCAUACGAUGAGCAGAGCCAGAUCUGGGGUGACUGCAUUGCAAUGGCAAAUGCGCCAUACAACCAAACACUGGCUGGUUAUACUGAUUACCUGAAGAUGAACAUUGACCCUAAAAAGCUUGUGAUGGGGGUGCCCUGGUAUGGAUAUGACUAUGCUUGUCUGGAAUUCACCCAGGAGGGUGUGUGUACAAUCCCCUGGUUUCUUCAGUCAGUGUGGAUGCUUGUCUUCCAGGAGGGUGUGUGUACAAUCCCCUGGUUUCUUCAGUCAGUGUGGAUGCUUGUCUUCCAGGAGGGUGUGUGUACAAUCCCCUGGUUUCUUCAGUCAGUGUGAAUGCUGUCUUCCAGGAGGGUGUGUGUACAAUCCCCUGGUUUCUUCAGUCAGUGUGAAUGCUGUCUUCCAGGAGGGUGUGUGUACAAUCCCCUGGUUUCUCCAGUCAGUGUGAAUGCUGUCUUCCAGGAGGGUGUGUGUACAAUCCCCUGGUUUCUUCAGUCAGUGUGGAUGCUUAUCUUCCAGGAGGGUGUGUGUACAAUCCCCUGGUUUCUUCAGUCAGUGUGGAUGCUUGUCUUCCAGGAGGGUGUGUGUACAAUCCCCUGGUUUCUUCAGUCAGUGUGAAUGCUGUCUUCCAGGAGGGUGUGUGUACAAUCCCCUGGUUUCUUCAGUCAGUGUGAAUGCUGUCUUCCAGGAGGGUGUGUGUACAAUCCCCUGGUUUCUCCAGUCAGUGUGAAUGCUGUCUUCCAGGAGGGUGUGUGUACAAUCCCCUGGUUUCUUCAGUCAGUGUGGAUGCUUAUCUUCCAGGAGGGUGUGUGUACAAUCCCCUGGUUUCUUCAGUCAGUGUGGAUGCUUGUCUUCCAGGAGGGUGUGUGUACAAUCCCCUGGUUUCUUCAGUCAGUGUGGAUGCUUGUCUUCCAGGAGGGUGUGUGUACAAUCCCCUGGUUUCUUCAGUCAGUGUGAAUGCUGUCUUCCAGGAGGGUGUGUGUACAAUCCCCUGGUUUCUUCAGUCAGUGUGAAUGCUGUCUUCCAGGAGGGUGUGUGUACAAUCCCCUGGUUUCUCCAGUCAGUGUGAAUGCUGUCUUCCAGGAGGGUGUGUGUACAAUCCCCUGGUUUCUUCAGUCAGUGUGGAUGCUUAUCUUCCAGGAGGGUGUGUGUACAAUCCCCUGGUUUCUUCAGUCAGUGUGAAUGCUGUCUUCCAGGAGGGUGUGUGUACAAUCCCCUGGUUUCUUCAGUCAGUGUGAAUGCUGUCUUCCAGGAGGGUGUGUGUACAAUCCCCUGGUUUCUUCAGUCAGUGUGGAUGCUUGUCUUCCAGGAGGGUGUGUGUACAAUCCCCUGGUUUCUUCAGUCAGUGUGAAUGCUGUCUUCCAGGAGGGUGUGUGUACAAUCCCCUGGUUUCUUCAGUCAGUGUGGAUGCUUGUCUUCCAGGAGGGUGUGUGUACAAUCCCCUGGUUUCUCCAGUCAGUGUGAAUGCUGUCUUCCAGGAGGGUGUGUGUACAAUCCCCUGGUUUCUUCAGUCAGUGUGGAUGCUGUCUUCCAGGAGGGUGUGUGUACAAUCCCCUGGUUUCUUCAGUCAGUGUGGAUGCUUUUCUUCCAGGAGGGUGUGUGUACAAUCCCCUGGUUUCUUCAGUCAGUGUGGAUGCUGUCUUCCAGGAGGGUGUGUGUACAAUCCCCUGGUUUCUUCAGUCAGUGUGGAUGCUGUCUUCCAGGAGGGUGUGUGUACAAUCCCCUGGUUUCUCCAGUCAGUGUGGAUGCUGUCUUCCAGGAGGGUGUGUGUACAAUCCCCUGGUUUCUUCAGUCAGUGUGGAUGCUGUCUUCCAGGAGGGUGUGUGUACAAUCCCCUGGUUUCUUCAGUCAGUGUGAAUGCUGUCUUCCAGGAGGGUGUGUGUACAAUCCCCUGGUUUCUUCAGUCAGUGUGAAUGCUGUCUUCCAGGAGGGUGUGUGUACAAUCCCCUGGUUUCUUCAGUCAGUGUGGAUGCUGUCUUCCAGGAGGGUGUGUGUACAAUCCCCUGGUUUCUCCAGUCAGUGUGGAUGCUGUCUUCCAGGAGGGUGUGUGUACAAUCCCCUGGUUUCUUCAGUCAGUGUGGAUGCUGUCUUCCAGGAGGGUGUGUGUACAAUCCCCUGGUUUCUUCAGUCAGUGUGGAUGCUUUUCUUCCAGGAGGGUGUGUGUACAAUCCCCUGGUUUCUUCAGUCAGUGUGGAUGCUGUCUUCCAGGAGGGUGUGUGUACAAUCCCCUGGUUUCUUCAGUCAGUGUGGAUGCUGUC